AUGUUCCCUGACAAGGCGCCCAGCAUUCCAGUCCGUGUGUUCUUUCUCGCCAUUUUCUGGAGCACAUGUGUAUUGGCAAACGAUGAUCUCAAUUUCUACGGUGGACAUGGGCCGGACGUCAUUUGUGUUUUCCCCUUGAGCGGGCCGUAUAACCUCCUCCAACGGCUUCUCUUUUACACCCUUUUGAUAUUUGUCAUAAUUGCCCGUCGUCAGAAAUGGUUGGUGUUGGGUGCUCUCGCCAGUACAAUGUCAUACAGUGGAGCGGCGGCCAUACACGGCAUGCUGAUGGUCAGUCCCGCCCGAAAAUCCAUAGACCUGGAUGUCUACGGAGUAUUUGCGAUAACCUCUUCGGGUGCAAUGCUCGCCGCCCCUAUCUUGACUUGGUCGUCCACACUGAUGUGUGCAGAUAAAAGAAAACGAUUGAUCGUGAUACUAUGGGGGAUUCUGUUGAUGUUCGGUGCACUCUUUACGGCAUCGUGCAUACACGUAAAUGGAGCUGGUUUCAUAACACCGGAAUGCCUUGCGCGAAAUGAAACCAUUUCAUUCAAUGGCUCUCUAUUUCCUAGCCCUACUGGGGACUGUCUUUACACAUGUCCUCCCGAAAGACGGCUUUUCCGCCCCAAUAAUGACGUUAUUGCUUUUCCUAACCACACUAAUCGCCCAAGGGAUAUCACCUCAGUUUUCCUUCCAGCAACACUUAUUUACGUUUUCACUUGGAUUGUUUUGGAGAUAAUACUUCGUACGGUGUUACGGAAUAAACCUAUAGACCCACAGCUAGCCCCGGCAAUGUCAGCAACGGAAGUAGUCGGAAUGCGUCGGAUUGGAACUUUUGUUCAAAAUCGGCAGAAUUCCGGCAAGCCGAAAGAUCUGAAUGUGUCGAUACAAGCGAUUUCUUCGCCGUCAGCACGGGAAUCAUCAGCAGCAUCAACAUCCGCGUCAUCUUGGUCACCAAAGGGUCCUCAACCUCCGAAGCCAUCAUCUCGCUGGGCUCCAUUCUGUAGAAAUGCCCCUUUCUACUUCGCCGUUGCCCAUUUUUCCGCUUUUAUUGUUAAUGUUGUCAUGAGUGAAUUUCGGAUCAAAGACCUUCCGAGCAACGAACAACCCAAGGAAAUCGGGCAAUGGAUUCCGUGGGUCAGUGUUGCGCUCGUCGUUUUCUCCCAGACACUCAAUCAUUAUUUAAAAGUACGCCGGGGGCCUGAGGAUAAGGGGAGGUUCUCUCAUCAAGAUGAAGAGAAAGCGAUGACUCCUGAUCACUGGAAGUUUGGAAUUUCGCCGCAGUUAAGAAUACGGCAACAGCAACAGAGGAAAGGGGAUCUGAAAGGCGUUGAUGAACAUCUGGAGUCGAUGAUGUUUAGAAGUGGGACAACAAGCACAACAAGGAGGAAUAGCUUUUAA